UUCGUAACAGACAAAGUACACACACCACUUUCCUUCAUCCUCUGCAUUAUAAGAAACUGAAACAUUGAAAACAGAGACAGAGAAAAAAUGGCAGCAGGAGGAGGAGUAAAGAUUGAUGAGUUCCAACCUCAUCCGGUGAAGGAUCAACUUCCUGGUGUUGAUUUCUGUGUUACCAGCUCUCCUUCAUGGCCUGAAGGGAUUAUUCUUGGGUUUCAACACUACCUGGUUAUGCUUGGAACCAUUGUCAUUGUUUCUACCAUGCUUGUUCCUUUGAUGGGUGGUGGCAAUGUGGAAAAGGCUGAAACAAUACAGACUCUACUUUUUGUUGCGGCCAUUAACACACUGCUGCAAACGUGGUUCGGAACACGACUUCCUGUGGUUGUUGGGGCAUCCUAUGCUUUCCUCAUUCCUUCUAUCUCUGUUGCUUUUUCAUCCAGGAUGAGUAUAUUUGUAGAUCCACAUCAGAGAUUUAAGCAAUCCAUGAGAGCCGUGCAAGGCGCACUUAUUGUUGCAUCCUUAUUUCAAAUCAUUAUUGGCUUUUUUGGAUUCUGGAGGAUUUUUGCCAGGUUUCUCAGCCCCUUAAGUGCAGUUCCCCUUGUCACUCUCACUGGCCUAGGACUCUUUGUAUUAGGAUUUCCAAGAUUGGCGGAUUGUGUUGAAAUUGGUCUCCCUGCGUUGGUUAUCCUGGUCAUUCUGUCUCAGUACAUUCCCCAAAAGAUGAAAUCAAGAGGAGUUGAUCGAUUUGCAAUCAUAGUCUCAAUUGGAAUUGCAUGGGCAUUUGCAGAAAUUUUGACUGCAGCUGGUGCAUAUAAUAAAAGAUCGCCUAGAACUCAAUAUAGUUGUCGUACUGAUCGAUCUGGGUUAAUUAGUGCUGCUCCGUGGAUAAGAGUUCCAUAUCCAUUUCAAUGGGGACGCCCUUCUUUCAAUGCUGGUGAUACUUUUGCUAUGAUUGCUGCUGCUUUUGUUGCAAUUAUAGAGUCAACAGGGACAUUCAUUGCAGCAUCAAGAUUUGGCAGUGCAACCCCUGUUCCACCCUCUGUGCUUAGUCGUGGUGUUGGCUGGCUGGGCAUAGGUACCCUUUUGGAUGGCUUUUUCGGCACUGGAACUGGAUCCACUGCAUCAGUUGAAAAUGCAGGACUAUUGGGUUUAACACGAGUAGGAAGUCGGAGAGUCAUUCAAAUAUCAGCUGUGUUCAUGCUUUUCUUCUCUAUAUUAGGAAAAUUUGGAGCAGUUCUUGCUUCAAUACCUUUGCCGAUUGUGGCAGCUCUUUACUGCGUUCUCUUUGCCUAUGUAGCAUCAGCUGGCCUUGGUUUUCUUCAAUUCUGCAAUCUAAACAGCUAUAGGUCAAUGUUCAUCCUUGGCUUUUCUCUCUUCAUGGGUUUAUCUGUUCCACAAUACUUCAAUGAAUAUUUGUUGAUAUCCGGACAUGGCCCUGUUCAUACUGGCUCCAUUGGGUUCAACAACGUAGUACAAGUGAUUUUCUCAUCCCCAGCAACUGUAGCAAUUAUAGUUGCUUACUUGUUGGAUUUUACUCUCAGUCGUGGGCACAGUGCAACCCGGCGAGACAGUGGAAGGCACUGGUGGGAAAAAUUCAUGAUUUUCAAACAAGAUACCAGAAGUGAAGAGUUCUAUUCACUUCCUUUAAACCUAAACAGAUUUUUCCCAUCUUUGUGAAUGUUCUUCUAUUUUAAAACGAACAAGAGAAAACUAUCAUUCUGUUGACAAUUUAUUGUUUCAAAUUAAAGAGUC